AUGUGCAUCCCCAAGUCGAAUCACAAGAAGCUCGUCGACGACUGCUACCCAGCGCCCAAGGCUCUCGUCACCUCGGCACCCGAAUACCGUCCCAACUCCAACGAACUCGGCCGCCUCACUUACUAUGCCCAGAACAAGCCUGCCAAGCUCACAAAGGUCUCCACCCUCCUCGACUCCAAGGCUCAGGCAGACGCUCGCGCCGCCAAAGGCUCCGGCCCAGCGGCAGACAAGGGCAAAGCAGGCCUCCUGAUCACCUUGGCCAUCAUCAAGAACCUGCUCACCGAGUGCAAAUCCUCGUUCAACUACUUCAUCAAACCCGCUCAAUCCAUCAUUGCCACUGCACUCGACGCUGCACAGCCCACCCCAGCACGCCCACGAGAUCUCGAGAUCAGUGCACGAGCUGCCAGCGCCUUUUACGCCUUGGCCUCCUUCCUCGACCCUGCCACCACAUCGGUCGACGACAGCUUCCACCGCCUCGUGAAAUCCUUUGCUACCCUUGCCGUAGAGCGCCCCAUCGGGCCCGAUCCUUCGCUCGGUGAGGAUGCAGAACAGCGCAACCGCACUCGUCUCAUCGGUCUCGGUGCUUUGGCUGGAGCAGUCGCCUCGGAUGCCAUCUACUCGUCCAACUCCAAGCAGCUCAUCUCCCUCCUCACCCCUGCUCUCGUCGAGAACACCAAGGGUAACCGCGUCACUCUCGACUGGCUUCGCAGCGAAGCCAAAAAGGCCACCGACGGCGAGCCGAGCUACUCCGAGUUCAACAUCUCCAAGAAGCCGCUGGCCAUCCGUCGCACACGCUCUAUUUCGGCUCACGUCGCUGGUGAGAAGGGUCCCUCGUCCGAAGAUGUCAUCUCGGCCGCCAUCGGUACGCUACGAGGUUUGCUCCGCCAUGCCGAUGCCGUCCAGGUACAGAGCGUCGUGCAGAAUGUCAUCACCUGGCUUGACAACAAGUCGGCGCUGUCCGUCCCUUCCCCCACCGAUCGACGCCAGAUGACCUCUCAGUGGGACGACGCCCCGUGGUGCUGCUGGCUCGCAGAGUCGCUCUGCAGCUGGACUUCGCUCCAGUACCGCUUUGUCGUGCUCGAUACGCUCGUCGACCACCUCGUCGAGAACUGCGAGGGCAAGGCGACGGCAAAGCACGCCUCGCUCAUCGAAAUGUCGCGCACCAUCCUAACCGGCCAGCUCAGCUUGAUUGGUCUCAGCACCUCGGACACGCUCAGCAACCUCACUGCCCUCGCCGUGCGCAGAGUCUACAAGGAUACGCGCGACAGCCUCCUGCCUCCGCUGGUCGACUGCAUCAGCGGUCUCGGCACGCACGUCUACUACGCCGACCAGAUCAACGACAUUGUCGAAGAGAUUUCUGGCCGCAUCGUCGCACUCCAGAUGCCCGAAUCUGCUCCCGAUGCCGCUUCCGUCAAGGUCAGCAACCUCGGCGCCGUGCACCGCGGUGAGCAGCAGGACCUCAACAGCCAUGUCCACCGCCAGCGACUCGCCAAUGCUGGCCCCGAGCAGCGCGACGAGAGCAUCCGUGUCCUUCUCUUCUGUCUGCAGGGCGUAUUGGCAGCCACGCAUCAGUCGAGCGGAGAGAUCCACGAGGCGAUCGACGUCAAGGGCGGCGCUAAUGCCGAUGCCUCGGCCAAGGGAGCGCGCGCCCCGGAAAGCGACAAGGGCAAAGCAGCAGCAGGCACAGCAGCCUCUGCGGAAACCAAGCUCGGCCUAGCCCGUGCGGGCACACGAAACCGCGUGGCCCCCUCGUCGAUCCUCUCGACGGCCAGCCUGCUUACGUCACCUAACCAUGCCGUGCGCCUCGCCUACGCUCAGACGCUCAUCACACUGUUCCGAGACGAAUUUGAUCGCGAGCAGCUCGAACGCGAAAGCGACGUUUUUGCCGUAGCUCCCAUAGGCGAGAAAGUGGGCGAUGGCAUCGGGACUGUGCAUGCGCUCGGUGCUGCGGCCCACGUCAUGUGCCUGAGCAAGAGCCUCUCGCCGCCGCCGCAGCUGCUUGCCAACCUGCGAGAGUCACCUUUGGAGCUGUUGCCGCAGUUGGACCGCAUCAAUGCCGACCCUGGCCGUCCCGAAUCGCUCAACAGCGGCACGUCGGGUGCAUACGCGCGCGAAUCAACCGCGGCGCUCCCCGUCGACUAUGUCGCCGUGGCCCAAGCGCUCGAGCAUGUGGUGACGGCACUUCCUUGCAGUGCAGUGCUGGCUCUGACGCCCAUGCUGAUCGCCCUCGACAGGGAUGCCGGCAGCCGCUUGACUGUCAAUGGCGCUGCUGCCAACACAGGCCUUGAGAACCAGCGACGUCUUUCGUCGCGGAUGGUGGCAGCACGCGUGCUGGCAAGGCUCGGCGAGACGUUCGAUGUGGAUGCCGUCACUCGCUCCGCCCAGAGUGUGUUGUCGCAAGUGCCUUCGCUGGGCGUCGAGCCUGGACCGUCGCCGGUGGGUGGACUCACGCUGCCUCCGGAGGUCGUCCCCUUUUCAGCUGUGGGUAGCAUCAACGCGCUGGGCGAAUCGAGCACCAGCAGCUCGCCUUCGAUCAACGGCAUCUCGGUGAUCAGCAGCCUCGCUUCGAGCCCGAAGCUGCAGUCGGCGACGCAGCUGGAUGCUACGGUGCUCAAGCGGUGGUUGGAGCGCGACUGGAACAUCAACAUUGCCGUGGACGAGGCUUUUGCCGGUUCGAGCCCGUACGCUACGUCGUCGCUGGCACCUCGAUCGCAGCAGACGUCGCGUCGUCCUUCGUACACGCCGCUCAACGGUGUCGGUGGUGCUUCGCUCGUCAACGGCAGCAAUGCGUCGACGGCGUCGGUCAACAAGAGCAGUCGGCUCAGCAUUCACGUGCCGUCGACGGGUGUCAACGAACUGCGCGAAGCGCUGGGAACUGCUUCGCCCUCGUCGACGCGUCACACCAACGGCUACAGUCAAGACAAUUCGUUUGGCGCGGCUGACUUUGAUGGGCGCCGUGCGAGCCGAAGAGAGUCGCGCCGUGGCCCCAUGAUCACUGGUGCUAACGGAAGCAACGGUACGAGUGCAGUGGCCAUCCUGGACUCGCUCAGGGUGGGGGAGGACGAGGAACCGUCCAAGCUGGGGCCGGACAGCUCGUUGGCUGCCAGUAAGCCAGUCAAGACGAACGGCGUUGGUGCCUCGCCCAUCAGCCCGCCCUACGCUUCGUAG